CCCGCUUUCAUAUGGUAUCUGCAUACAAAGAAGCAGACCCCUCGUUCUCCAACAAUCGAGCGGGAACUGGCACACCUCCUUCAUUCCAAAGUUCGAAAUGACCUCGAUUGAAGCUAUUUGUGGACCUUUGAGAGCUAAGGGCCAUUGUCAUUCGGCGAUGUGCUGUGGUAAGUAGAGCCGAGAAACAACUUUUUAUGGAUAUCAUUUCUCGAUAUAUCUUCAUGAUGAACUUUCGACAAAAGCCUGUGAGCAUGAGGGGGUGGGGUCAUCUGGUACUAGCCAGGUUGAACCUUCGAGCCAUUGGUAAUUAUUCAUUUGGCCGUGCUGGAACUGAUAUAAAAUCCCGAAACAAAAUCUCGAAAAGACGAAGAAGCUCCCAGUUUGCUUUGCUUCCUGUGUGCCCCCCUUGCUACACUCAGGAUGUUCUCCUUCUCCAAGUUUACUACUGCCAUCGUCGCUGCCUUUAUCAUCGAAGUUCAGGCUCAGGAGACCCACACUGUCGUUUUCACAAACUUAUGUGGUACGGGUGUGCCUACUCUGAAGGUAAACGGUGCGACAUUGUCGACUGGGGGAUCCUUCACCUCCAAUGGCCCUCUGAUAUCUGCUAUUGCCUACCUCGAUGUUGGUUGUGGUGCCGAUGGAGAAGGGUGCACCAUGGUUGAGACCACUCUUGUCAAUCCCACUUCGCCUGGGUCUGGAUCUAGCACUGAUAUCACUUUGAUCCCUCCCCACUCGUUCUCCGUCACUACUGGAUUCGGAUACUUCAAUGGCUGCGACGGGGCAGGAGCUGAUUGCACUGAUGCUGACUGCCCCACUGCAUUCCAUGUAAGCACCGACACCGGUGUUCAAGUUGCCUGUCAAGUCAAUAAUGUCAACCUUGCCGUCACGUUCUGCGAUUAAAAUGAAUGUAGCCAAUGCUGGUUUGUAAACUUAUGCAUAUUGUGCACCUUCCAAAGUUUUUUGUUCCUGCUUUGCUGUGUCG